CAAGGGACGGCAUGGCGGUGAGCAUGGACGAUGAUGUUCCGCUGAUCCUCACCCUGGACGACAGCGGCAGCAGCGCCUCAGCCCCUCUGGAUGAGCCGGAUCGGGAGGAGCUGCCUAACGAAAGAGCAUGCUCGGCUGCACUGAAUGGAAAUGCUGGAGUCCCGGCAGUCUCGUUCCGGAUGCCUUGUGGAACGACUGGGAUAAGUUACACAAGUGUAAGGAAGGAAGCUUUGCCAUCUGUGACCGGCUCAGUUCUCUUCCUUUGGCGUGCCCCUUGCGCUGCAAACUUCACCAAAUAUCUGUUUUCUUUUUCGUGCUGGAGAUUCCUUGCUGUGCCUGCUCAGCACUUUGACUCCUCUCCCGUUAGCUCAUCGUGAGCAAGUUGUGCUAAAUGCCAAAACACGAGAGCGCAGCACACGAAUCCCCGCUUCGCCAGCACGCUUGUGCCUGGCAGCUCCUCGUCCUGCAGCUAAACCUUCCAAAAUCUCACCCCGGGAAACACCCAGGGAAGGGAUCUCACUGAGGUCUGAGCCACCUUCCUCAGAGGGGAGGGGAGAAGCCGCUCACUUCUGCAGGCAGCAGAGCGGAGUCUUUUGUGCGGAGCUUUCCCCCAGGAAGCUGCGAGAGCGAGGAGCAGCUUUGGGAAGGGAGGCAGGAGCUGCGAGCGCCAGCGGCUGCCAUGCAGUGGAGAGAGCUGCCUGCCAUCUACCUCGAGGAUCCCGGGAGCCCUGUGGAGAGAUCCUCCUAUCUCAUUGAGCUCCAUACUGAUGAUGGAGGCAGCUAUGACGUGGUCAGUGAUGCCUCCAGCCCCGCGGCCAGGGAGUGCUGCGCCCAGCAGAGCUCUGCCCGCCACAACUGGGAGAUGAACUACCAAGAGGCAGCCAUCUACCUCCAGGAAGGAGAAAAUAAUGACAAGUUCUUCACUCACCCCAAAAAUGCCAAAGCACUCGCUGCCUACCUCUUUGCACACAACCACCUUUUCUACCUGAUGGAGCUGAGCACGGCCCUGCUGCUGCUGCUGCUGUCCCUGUGCGAGGCUCCCGCCGUCCCCAUGCUCCGCCUGGGCAUCUUUGUCCACGCUACCCUGGAGCUGUUUGCGUUAAUCGUGGUCGUCUUCGAGCUCUCCAUGAAGAUGAGGUGGCUGGGCUUCCAAACCUUUAUCAGGCACAAAAGGACUAUGGUCAAGACGUGUGUGCUGUUGGUGCAGUUCAUCGAGGCCAUCGUAGUGCUGGUGCGCCAGACCUCGCACGUGCGCAUCACCCGCGCCCUGCGCUGCAUCUUCCUCGUGGACUGCCGCUACUGUGGGGCUGUCAGAAGAAAUCUGCGACAGAUCUUCCAGUCCCUCCCACCAUUUAUUGACAUCCUUCUCCUCCUGCUUUUCUUCAUGGUGAUUUUUGCUAUUCUGGGUUUUUACUUGUUUUCUCCUAACCACUCCGAUCCAUACUUCAGUACCUUAGAGAACAGCCUGGUGAAUCUCUUUGUGCUUUUGACCACUUCAAAUUUCCCUGAUGUGAUGAUGCCAUCCUACGCCCGCAACCCCUGGUCCUGUGUCUUCUUCAUCGUGUACCUCUCCAUCGAGCUCUACUUCAUCAUGAACUUGCUUCUGGCUGUCGUGUUUGACACUUUCAAUGACAUUGAGAAGAGGAAGUUCAAGUCCCUGCUGCUGCACAAGCGCACGGCCAUCCAGCACGCGUACCGGCUGCUGGUCACCAAACAGAGGCCGUCUGGAAUUUCCUUCAAGCACUUUGAAGGGCUGCUGCGGUUCUACAAGCCCCGGAUGUGUGCCAGGGAGAGAUAUCUCACCUUCAAAGCACUGAAUCAGAGCAAUACCCCUUUAGUCAGUCUAAAGGAUUUUUACAAUUUCUAUGAAGUUGUUGGCUUAAAAUGGAAGGCCAAACGGAACCGCGAGCACUGGUUUGAUGACCUGCCUCGGACUGCGUUCCUUAUUUUCAAAGGCAUCAACAUCCUGGUGAAGUCCCGUGUGUUCCAGUACGCCAUGUACACUGUGGUGGCUGUGAAUGGAAUUUGGAUUCUUGUUGAAACCUUCAUGCUGCAAGGAGGGAAUUUCUUCUCCAGGAAUGUCCCGUGGAGCUACAUAGUCUUCCUCACAAUCUAUGGCGUGGAGCUGCUCCUGAAGACCACUGGGCUGGGGCCUGUGGAGUACCUGUCCUCAGGCUGGAACCUCUUUGACUUCUCAGUCACCCUGUUUGCAUUUUUGGGGCUCAUGGCACUGGCAUUCAACAUGGAGCCCUUUUACUUCAUCGUGGUCCUGCGACCCCUGCAGCUGCUGAGGCUGUUCAAACUGAAGAAGCGCUACAGGAACGUGCUGGACACCAUGUUUGAGCUGUUCCCUCGCAUGGCCAGCCUGGGUUUAACCCUGCUGAUCUUCUACUAUUGCUUUGCCAUUGUUGGCAUGGAGUUCUUUGCUGGCGUGGUCUACCCGAACUGCUGCAACACAAGCACGGUCGCAGAUUCCUACCGCUGGGUGAACCACACAGUUGGCAACAAAACAGUUGUGGAAGAAGGUUAUUACUAUCUCAACAACUUUGACAACAUUCUGAACAGCUUUGUGACUCUGUUUGAGCUGACGGUGGUCAACGACUGGUACAUCAUCAUGGAAGGGGUGACGUCCCAAACCACUCACUGGAGCCGUCUGUACUUCAUGAUCUUCUACAUUGUGACCAUGGUGGUGAUGACAAUCAUCGUGGCCUUCAUCCUGGACGCUUUUGUGUUCCGCAUGAACUACACUCGGAAGAACCAGGACUCAGAAGAAGAUAAUGGCAUUGUUCUGGAGAAGGAGAUCUCCAAGGAGGAGGUGAUUGGCAUAAUUGAGCUGUACAAGAGGACUUCAGCUGCCACUGAAACAGCUCAGCUGCAGAAGAUUGUGUUCCAGAUGGACAAAUAUGGGCAAAUGUCAACAGUGUUCCUGGGACGCAGGUCGAGGACCAAGAGUGACCUGAGUAUGAAGAUGUAUGAAGAGGAGAUACAGGAAUGGUAUGAGGAGCACUCCAGGAAAGAAGAAUCCCAGACACCACUGGCAGAGCCUGCAUCUGCUUCCAGCAGCUCCCUGAAGCCCCUGAGCCUCCGGCAGCGCUCCCAGACUGUCAUUUAGGCCUAGCUAACGCAGCCACCUUCUAUGCAAUAACCUAGAGUAUUCCUCCCCAGCCUGGGUUUGGGGGGUGUAUAUAGAUCUGUCAGUGUACAGUGUAGGGAUCAAAUCUUGCCCCCAGCAGUGGUUGCUGAGAAGCCAGAGGCCCGGGGGGCUCGGGGAAGGCUGCUGCACUCAGAUUGA